UAAUGAUCCUUCCACAUACAAACUAUCCUUCAAUGAUUCAAUCAGUCAGUUACCUCCUGAUCUAGAAGAUAUUUAACAUGAAGGCUCUGUUGUGUUAAUGCCUACCUUUUCCAACUCUUUGCCUAAUCAUUCAUUUUCUCUCUUUUUUUGCUUUAUAAAUAUAUCUUCCCUCCCUCCUUAUUCCUCAAAUUAACUAUCCUCUUCUAUAUAUCUCUCUUCUGCCCUUUCUCUCUUGUGAACACAAUUGCACUACAAUGGGUUUUAUUCAUUACCAUGCUGAAAAAGAUGGUUCAACUGAUGGAGCUCUAGUCGAUUUUCGUGGAAAUCCAGUCGAUAAAUCGCGUACUGGAGGAUGGCUUGGUGCAGGGCUAAUCCUAGGGACAGAGCUAUCAGAAAGACUAUGUGUCAUGGGAAUAUCAAUGAAUUUGGUGACUUACUUGGUUGGAGAUUUACAUCUUCCAUCCUCUGAUUCUGCUAACAUUGUCACCAAUUUCAUGGGCACACUCAAUAUUCUUGCCCUCUUUGGUGGUUUCUUGGCAGAUGCUAAACUCGGCCGUUAUGCAACUAUUGGAAUCUUUGGUUGCAUCUCUGCAGUGGGAGUAACACUGUUGACACUCGCAACAUCCGUCCCAAGUAUGAAGCCGCCCGUGUGCGACUCAAGAUCAAAAGGCCACUGCAUUGAAGCCAGUGGGCAGCAGCUCGCUCUCCUCUUCGCAGCAUUAUACACCAUAUCCCUCGGUUGUGGGGGGAUAAAGUCAAGCGUGUCCGGUUUUGGAUCGGACCAAUUUGAUUCGUCAAAUCCUAAAGAGAACAAGGCCAUGAUAUACUUCUUCAACAGGUUCUACUUCUGCAUAAGCCUUGGAUCUUUGUUUGCAGUGACUGUGUUAGUGUAUAUACAAGACAAUGUUGGAAGGGGGUGGGGGUAUGGAAUAUCAGCUGGCACAAUGGUACUAGCAGUGGCUGUAUUGCUUGGUGGAACAAAAUUUUACAGAUUCAAGAAGCCAGAGGGAAGUCCUUUGACUAUAAUAUGGAGAGUUUUGUUCUUGGCUUGGAGAAAGAGAAAGCUUUCUCACCCUUCAGAUCCUGGAUUCUUGAAUGAAUAUCACAAUGCAAAAGUACCACAUACAGAAAUGCUGAGGUGUUUUGACAAGGCAGCGAUUCUUGAUGAUUAUGCAGUUGCAAAUGAAAAUAGAAACAAUCCAUGGAUAGUAUCAACCGUUACUCAAGUCGAAGAAGUGAAAAUGGUUCUUAAGUUGAUUCCGAUAUGGUCCACGUGCAUACUUUUCUGGACGGUUUAUUCUCAGAUGAAUACGUUCAGCAUCGAGCAAGCUACCUUCAUGAAUCGAAACGUUGGCAAAUUUGGUGUCCCAGCGGGGUCCUUUUCUUUUUUUCUCUUUAUUUCAAUACUCUUGUUUACUUCCAUAAACGAAAGGGUCACUGUACCUAUUGCAAGAAAAAUCACGGGCAAUAACCAAGGACUCACAAGCCUUCAAAGGGUUGGAAUUGGACUAACACUAUCUGUUGCCGGGAUGGUAGCUGCAGCUAUUGUAGAAAAACAAAGAAGGGAGAACGCCAUAAAACACAACUAUAGCAUAAGUGCUUUUUGGUUAGUCCCUCAGUUCUUCAUUGUUGGCGCUGGUGAAGCUUUCGCCUAUGUUGGACAACUCGAGUUUUUCAUCAGGGAAGCACCGGAAGGAAUGAAAUCUAUGAGCACCGGCCUAUUCCUUACCACGCUCUCCAUGGGAUUUUUUAUGAGUAGCUUGCUAGUGUCAGUUGUACAUAAGGUAACGAACGGAAGCUGGCUUAAAAGCAAUUUGAACAACGGUAGGCUGGACGAAUUCUACUGGACGCUAGCAGUGCUCGGAAUACUCAAUUUCUUGGUUUUCCUAGUUUUCUCAAUGAGACACCAAUACAAGGCGCAAAACCUUAACAGGACUCUUGAAGACUCAGAAGAAGAGCUCAAGAAUUGGAACGAUACGAGCAUUGACAACACGAAAAAGUACCCUGGUGCUGCAGAGGAGCAAGUCUAAAUGCUCUGCCAUGACAUUUUUAGCUAGAAGCUUAAACAGCCACAUACAGAGGGCGGAGGCAGAGGCAUGCAAGGGGUUCAAUCCAACCCCCCUUCUUUGGAAAUUUAUAUUGUAAAUAGGAUAAAAAUGAUCUUUUUUUGCAUCCCUGUGGGAUAUGAAUUUUCUUUUUUGAAUCCCCCAAUUUAAAUUCCUGGCUCGACGACUACAGACCGCUACACCGAAAUUCUCUCAAUAUCAAAAUAGUUCCCCAGCAAA